CUCAUUGAUUGAUUCACUUAUCAAUCGACAGCAAACGAAUGUCACAGAGCUGUCUGUCGGCCCCACGUACGUACGGGCACCACCGCACUCACUCACAGCAGCACGACAGCCAAUGGAUCGGAUGAAAUGGAAAAAGGAGCUCACACAUUUGUGUAGCCAGGCAGGCAGGCAGACAGAUAAGAUAGACACAAAUACAAAGGCACCCAUGUCAGUCAACAACUCAAACUCGUGCUUGCGAGCGUGAAGUGACAUGUGUGUGCAUGCACAAAGCUACUGACCUGAGAGUAUGGUGCCGGUAGCUGGCUACUCAAUGCUGGCCGCCCAGCUGCAUGAUCGAUUCUUCCUCGUGCAUUAAAGCGGCAUGACAGGCAGACAGUCAGACAGUCAGACAGUCAGACGGGCAGGCACUCACUGGCUGCAGACAGGUAAGGUAGGCCAGGGAGGAACAGCAGCAGCAGUGUUGCCAUCAAUGCCCCUCCUCCAGGUGACCGUGAUAGUGAUAAUACAGCACCCGAGUGAAUAGAGCACACAAGCCGAAAUCGAAUCCAUCACGGCACGGACCACACACAUGAGGCUCUCACUCAUAAGUUUGUCCAUAUGCAGCACAGCCGCCACUGCCGGUGGGUCAGCCGCCGCAUGUCACCCACCACACAUACAUCACGACUUCAUCUCGUGGUCGGCCUCGCCCUCUUGCUCCUGCUGCUGCUGGUGGCCCUCCAUCUCUUCUCGUGGCCGCUUCGUUCCGCGACGUAGCUGAGUGAUACAGAAGAAGCAAGCCACUGUGUUUGGUUCACUCGGGCAAGCAAUCGGGUUUUGUGGGGGUACCUGAUCAUUCUCCUGCCGCAGGCGCUCGACCUUGGCCUCCAAACGCUGCCGAGCGUCCUUCUCCUGCAUAGCCAAAACAAGUACACACAAACAGACCGUGGGAGGGCACAGAGAAAGGAACAGGUGUGGCUGGUACUUGACGCACCUGAUCUCUCUCCUGACGCAGCUGUUCCUUUUCGGCCCCGAAACGCUGCCGCUCGGCUUCAUGAGCCUUCUGCCGAUCAGUCGCCUCCUGUGUGCCAGAGACACAUCCAAGCACACAGAGCAAUAGUGGGUGAGAGGGCACAGAGGGAAUAUCAGACCGCCGAAUGGGAUCGGCUAACCUUGACAAGAGCAUCGUACAGCUGAUGGAAACGUUUGUCUCCUCGUCCGUCGAAGGCCUCCUCGACGGCCUCCGUGACUGCGGUGUCGAAGGCCGUGCGCACUGCUGCUGGGAGCGUGGGCAGGACGGGGAGGACAGCAGCCACAUCAGCAGGAUUCUUCUCAAUGAAGCCGGCCGUCAGCUUCGAAACGAUGAUGUCACAGCUCUUCUCCGGCAGAUCACCGACCGCCGCCGCCCAGCACAGCAUGAGUCGGAGGGGGUGAUCGCGCACCUUGAUCAGGUACUUCAGUAUGCGAAGAGCGACCUCACGACGAAUCGACCUGAAAAGGCGGACACCAAUCGAGCCAUGCACCACCAGUGUAUCUGCAGCUGUGCAUUAAUGCGUUUGUGUUCCCUCUUUGCUCACCUGGCCAUGUGUGUGACGUCAUCCCACCGCCCCUCCUUGACACACAGCCGGAGGUAGUGAAGGGCAAGAGCGCGCAUCGGGAAGUGUCGCACCGUCACUGCCAUGAUGACGUCCUUGAGCCGCGCCUCUCCCGCCCCUUGCUGGGCAAGCGACUCGCGCGAGAUGUUGCGUCGGUUGAUGAACGUCGUGCCCCUGCCUCCCCCCAGCACCUGCACAAUGAAGCGACGCACAGACGGGCCGCCGUCCCUCAUGCGGAUCUCCCUACUGGCCGCCUCGUGUAGCUCGAUGACCUUCCGGCCGGCACCGCUGUGUGCUGCUCGCGCCGCUGCCGCCGUGCCAUCGCCAUCAGCACCACCGCCGGCGAUCUCCAGAGAGCCGUCAGCAGCGAAGCACCUCACGAACGACUCCCCCUCCGCGCCGUCAUCGACACUGUUGAAGGCGAUGUCCCAGCCGCCGACGUCUGCAAUUUUCGCAUUGCCGUCGCCUAUGGCGUUGGGGGGCGGGUCACGAGAUGUGGGAGCGGAAUUGGGAAGGGUGUAGGGAUGGGGAAGACCCGCGAGCGUCAUCGAGAACCCGAGGCACGUCACGGAUCCCUGCUGGUUGUUGGCGAAGGGCUGUGCGGUCACUGAAGAGGGCUCAAUGAACACGUCAGCCUCGAAGGCAGCCGCUGCAGCAGACACAACACAGCAGGGCAAUCAUCCAAGUAGGCAUUGCAGCCCGCUGCCUCCCCUCGUACCAUAUGCGGCAGCUAAUGAUUCAGAACCGGUGGCCAUCGUGAUGAACUGGGCGACCUCCUGGUGGCCAACAUCGAUGCGACCAUGGGAUAGCCCAUCCACCAGGCUGUCCACCAAGCUGAUGGCUGCUUCGAUGGCGUCAUUCGUCUCGUCCUCGCGUUUCUCACGCCGACGCCACUGGGCACUGAUAACCUCGGGCUUCUUGCGCAGCGCCGGCAGCAGGGCCGUGCGAAUGUCCUUGUGCUGGUGGAUGAGGCGGGCGACGAAGGCGUAGCGGCUGAAGCUGUCCAGCAGACUGGUGGCGAGCUGAUUGUCAUGCAGCCAGCCUCCCACCACCACCUGUAGCACACAGACCAAGGACACAUCAACUCGCAGCUCACGUGACCCUCUUAACUUGUUUAGCGCACCUUGCGAUGGAUGCCCCAGAGCAGGCUUUGGUUGCUGCCCGGUGUGAAGAUCUUGUCGGUAUCGAACUGCAGGUAGUCGAGUGCAAUCAUCACAUCCAGCAGGUUGUCAUUGCUCAGCGAAUCGAUGAUGUCCAGCUCAUGCUGCAGCACCACCACACCGACGGCUCGGCUGAUCCGCUCGAUGCGCACUUCACGCUGCUGGCCCUCCUGGAAUUCGCCAUCAAGGACCUGCACGGACGCACACAGAGAUGAGGAAUGGCCACGGGCAUUUCUGAUCUGCUGCGUCCGGUGCUGUGUCUGACCUGCUGGAAGUACUUGAUGGACUGCUCGACGAGAGCACUCAUCGCAGCAGGACUCGCCGACAGAUAGCUACCAGCUCGGGC